AUGGGGUGCGCGUGCAAGUUCAUCCAAGGAAGCAUUACUCCACCUCUACCGCCUAGUUACAUCCGUGAUAGAAAUUCUGUUGCGCCACCGUCAUCUGCUCUAAAAUCCAAUCCAGUGUUGCUGCCUUCGCUUAGUCUCAAGGCCUCACAAUCUCACGCUCAUGGACUGCCUUGGAAACGGUUUAAUGCAUAUACUAUCCUGCUGGACAAUGGCGGUUGUGACUCUGGCAACAAAAACGGCGGCGGCGGCGGCGGCGGCUGGAAUAAUCCAUUUGAGUCAUCCUCAUGGUGGUGGCAUGACGAAGGUAGUUCCUUUUCGGGUUCUUCUGGGCAUCACCCGUUUAUCUUCUUAUCCUUCUUCUUCUGCUCUGUGGGGUGUUGCUUCUGCCACCUCCGAUUGGCUUAUGCGCUGGCAUCAUCAGAGGAGUGUGAGCCUGUGUGGGAAGUGAGGGGAGGCAACUGGACCAAGCUUAUUCCUGAUUUUGUUAAGGAUGCCUUUGUUGUUGCUCAUGAAGUUGGUUUUGGUUCAUUAAGUGUUGGGAAUCUGUGGUUACAAUGCAAACAUCUGCUUAUGCGAUUGAUGCUCCCAGAAGGCUAUCCCCACUGCGUUACCAGUGAUUACUUGGACUACUCUCUAUGGAGAGGAGUUCAGGGGGUCGCCAGCCAAGUUAGUGGUGUCCUUGCCACUCAGGCAUUGCUUUACGCUGUUGGAUUGGGGAAAGGGGCUAUUCCGGCCGCUGCUGCUGUCAAUUGGGUCCUUAAGGAUGGAAUUGGAUACCUCAGCAAAAUUAUGCUCUCAAAAUAUGGAAGGCAUUUUGAUGUCAAUCCAAAAGGGUGGAGGUUGUUUGCUGAUCUUCUUGAAAAUGCUGCCUUUGGAAUGGAAAUACUCACUCCUGCAUUUCCCCAUCUUUUUCUUUUAAUUGGUGCUGCUGCAGGUGCAGGGCGUUCAGCUGCUGCACUUAUUCAGGCUGCUACCAGGAGCUGUUUCUAUGCUGGUUUUGCUGCUCAAAGAAACUUUGCUGAGGUGAUUGCUAAGGGUGAAGCUCAGGGAAUGGUGAGCAAGUCUGUUGGUAUCAUGCUCGGUAUAGCAUUGGCCAACUACAUAGGCUCUUCUACAUUUCUUGGCCUUGCUUCUUUUAGCAUUGUCACUUGGAUCCACAUGUUCUGCAAUCUGAAAUCAUAUCAAUCCAUUCAAAUAAGGACUUUAAAUCCUUAUCGUGCAAGCUUGGUUUUUAGCGAAUAUCUUCUUAGCGGCCAAGCACCUUCUGUCAAAGAGGUCAAUGAGGAGGAACCGCUUUUUCCAGCUGUACCAUUUCUUAACUUGAAGCCUGCAAACCAAGUACAAUCAACAGUAUUAUCUUCGGAAGCGAAGGAUGCUGCUGUUGAAAUCGAGCAGAGGCUGCAGUUGGGAUCCAAGCUCAGUGAUCUAGUCAACAGCAAGGAGGAUGUGCUUGCACUGCUCAGUCUAUAUAAGGAAGAAGGCUAUAUUUUUACUGAGCACAAGGGAAGAUUUUGCGUAGUGCUUAAAGAAACAUCUUCACUACAAGACAUGCUGAGAGCAUUGUUCCAUGUCAAUUAUCUGUAUUGGUUGGAGAAAAAUGCAGGAUAUGAAGCAAGAGGCACUUCCGCUGACUGCAAACCGGGAGGAAGGCUGCAAAUAUCUCUAGAAUAUGUGCAGAGGGAAUUCAACCAUGCCAAAAACGAUGGAGAAUCAAUGGGUUGGGUUACAGAGGGGCUUAUUGCAAGACCUUUACCUAAUAGAGUUCGUCUAGCUUAUGUGGCCGUACCAGAUGGGCUUAUUCCAUGA